AUGCUGUCACCUUCUCCAAACAACCGUAACCCUAUUCUUCAUACAUCUGCCACCUUCUUUCCCCUACCUCCAGCCGCCGCUAUUAGCUCCGACCACUUAGCACCAUCGAACGCCCACCGAUGGCUCUUGUUCUCGGCGAUAACGAAGACCGACGGGAAACCGGGAAUGGAGUUGCAGCAGUUGGAGAUCGGAGAAGCAUUUGACAUCGUGGUUGUCACUACUCGUGACCUUCCAUCCGCCACCAUCGUUGUCGAAGUUGGAAACCACCGGGUUAUCUCUGUUGCCGCCGUUCCUGCUAUGGCUGAAGACGAAAACCAAGGUUAG